CCCUCACUCGUGUUGCACGCGCACACGACCCACAUACAUACUAGAAAUAAGAAGAAGUUUAAAGCUUUGAGCGCAUUCACUUCUCGGCUUCCACAGUAGAGUUCUUUUUAUUUAUAAAUUUUUCAACAUCAAGAUGAGGCAAUUGACGUGCGCUUUCGGUUUGGUUCUUCUAGUUACUUUAUGGCAAUCGGCGGAAAGUAGGAGUUUGGUUAAAAGACAAUUAGAACAUGGACAUGCAGCGAUAGAACCUGGUCACGGUGACCACCACGACGAUGCUUUUAGGGAUAAGAAGAAAGUAGAAGCUAAAUGGGGUUUUAAAAACGCAUUAAUCGGCUUAGUUUUCAACAAAAUCAAUCAAUUCAUCGACCAAAAAACCCAAUGGGUGAACCAAUUGGAUCACGCAAACAUCGCAAAGAAUAAAGCCCAAGGAAUUUACCCACCAAAAGACCCCGUUAUUUCUCUUUCCGGUUUAAUAACAGACGUUGUUGGGCAAAAAUUACAAGCAGCCGGGCCAUUUUUGGGAGUUGCGAUUCAAAAAAUAACUAGUGGAUCUGGAGGAUUGCUUGGUGGAGCUUCAGGUGGACACGGAGGUGGUGGAGGACACGGUGGUGCUGGAGUUUCAGCCGGAUUUAAUUUAGGGGGACUCUUAGGUGGAAUCGGAGGUGGAGCUGGUGGACACGCAGGAGGAGGAGCUGUUGGGUACCACAAGAAAUAGUGAUUUUUUUAUUUAUGGGGGUAAAAAGAUAAUAAAAUAAUGGGGACAAUAAGAA